AUGAACUACGACUUUAACACUCUUACUACAAUCUCAUUGGACUAUGAUGAUGGCGUUACUAUCGACCCCCAACUCAUAUGUUACGCCCACGCCAAGGAUGUGCGCGUUGUCAUCGAUGUGAUCUUUGACGCAGAGGUUGUCAACUUAGGCAACUUCACCUGGGAGCAAGAGUACAUCAACACGCUGCUCACAAUGAUGCAGGACAACUACUUGGACGGUCUCAACUUUGACAUUGAGCAGUCGUUCUCAGGCAUGUCGUCGGCACUGUUCACGGCCUUCCUCGCCCAGCUCACCUACCAGUUCAAGCUCGUCGCCCCAUACUGCCAGAUCUCGAUGGACACGACCUUCUCGCCAGACAUUGGUCGCAACUUUGACUACACCGGUCUGGCCGACUCGAUUGACUACAUCAUCAUGAUGGACUACGACAUCACCAACAUGAUCAACGACCCAUUGCCCGACAUCCUCUCGGGCAUCCAGAAGUUCCUCGACCUGCAGAUCCCACCCAACAAGUUGAUUGCCGCGCUACCCUGGUACGGCUUUGACAACAUCUGCACGUCCAAGUCGAUUGAAGACAUGAACUGUGACACCGUGACCGACUCGGUGGACAUCAUGCUCGAUGGCGUGCUGGCCAUCAUCAACGACGCAAACAUCACGUCCACAGGUGAGAUCUGGUCAGACGCCAACACAAUGCCAUUCAUCAACUACAUCCAUCCAUCGGACAACCGCGUUCACCAGGCGUGGUAUGAGAACCCACAGUCGGUUGCCGCCAAGGUCGCCGCCAUCAAACCGUUCAACCUCGGCGGUAUUGGUGUGUUCCAGUUUGAGACUAUCGUUGGCACUGCUGUGCCCGCCAGCAUUCAGCAGCAGAUGUGGGAUGCCACCUCCUCCUUCCUAACCAAAUAA